AUGGCCGUCCCACGGAAGCAACAAGCAAGCAAGUCCAUCACCCCUCCGCCCAACACUGAAGUCCCAGCAGCGAUUCACUAUUCGUGGACCCCGCCGGCGAACGCCAAGGUGGACUGGUCCAGCUUCAUGGGUGGGGACCAGUCCCCGGUGAAGGUCAAGCUGAUCGACUUCGACACGGUGGAGACGGUGCAGCCGCAGACUCCAAAGAAGGCGAAGGAUGUGUUGGGAACCGACCAGUACAUCGCCCAGGAGGCCUACGAUGGCAACUACUCGGCCGCCUCGGACAUUUUCGCCGUCGGCGUCAUUGGCUACAGGUUGCUGACGAGCAAGUUCCCUUACAAGGCCGACAUUUUCGACGACGAGCUAUCGGUUCGCAAGAAGCGUCUGAUUGGCAACAGCUUUGCUGGAUGCCCUGCCUUGCAAGAGUGA